AUGACGAUAUCCUACGAUCUCACUGAUCGGUUACCUCUCUCGACUGAUGCACUCGUCCGCAGACGAUCAAUACUCAUCUUCUUCGAGACCCUUCGGUCUUUCGAAUUUCUUCUGCUUUUAUUCCCUGAGAAAAUGGGUGGUGGCCAUGUGGUUUAUAAGGGCCCAAGCAUUAUGAAGGAGAUUCUCAUCGGGAUUGGGCUUGGGCUGGCGGCCGGAGCAUUAUGGAAAAGGCACCAUUGGAAUAACCAGAGACGAACUAAGGAGUUUUACGAAAUGCUCGAGAAAGGUGAAAUUAGUGUCGUGAGGGAGGAUGAGUAG